AUGGCCCUGUGCCUCUCCAAGUGUUCUGCGCCCUUUCGCCGGAAGCUCACGAUUCCCCCUAAUGAGGGCGGAGCUGCAGUGAUGGAUAUGGUGUCUUUCAGAGCAACUGGCCGACGCAGGACUGGUCCUAGGGAAUUUUCUACAAAGUCAUGGAAGCAGUACAAUGGCCAGAACAACCAUGAGCGUUCGUCGCCAAGGGGCUCCUUUGGAUCUCGCCUCCGAUUUGCCUUGCGAACCACCAAAGUAGAAUGGUACCCAAUUCCAGUCGGUCUGGGUAUCGGUUUGCUCGGUUUACUGCACUUUUACAAGUCACAGCGGGCCGAGCGAGAACGUGCCGAGAGGGAGGCACUUGGAGAGUCCUUUCAUUUCGAGAAACCCCCUCCGCGUCCCCGAGUCAGGCCCAGCGGACCAUGGCACGUUCAGAUCAUGUCGACAUUGCCUCUCAAGGCAAUGUCUCGCUGGUGGGGAGCCUUCAACGAGCUGGAACUCCCUUAUUAUCUUCGUGUCCCCGGGUUCAAACUUUAUUCUUGGAUCUUUGGUGUCAAUUUGGAUGAAGUAGCCGAACCAGAUCUUCACACGUAUCCGAAUUUGGCGGCCUUCUUCUAUCGCAAACUAAAGCCAGGCGUUCGACCACUAGAUCCCGACUCUCGCGCCAUUGUCUCCCCAUCAGAUGGCCGCAUCCUGCAGUUUGGUCUGAUCGACCGCGGUGAGGUGGAACAAGUCAAGGGUAUAACGUACAGCUUGGAUGCACUCUUAGGUGCUGCCACACCAUCUUCCGCUGAUCACAGCAAGAAGUUUAUGAACCACAUGGCAGAGCCAUCUCAUAAAGAUGCGGCUAAUAUAUUAGCUGAUGAGGAAUUUGCCCAAGUGAAUGGCAUCUCGUAUACGCUGCCGACCCUCCUUGCAGGGGACAAGGGAGGGGCACGAAGACGGGCGGCUUCUUUGGACGCAUCCACAAAGUCAGAAGCUGCUUCAGAAGAAGCAGUGAAGGCCGACCUUGCUCGCGGUGACGGCUCUCCGUGGUAUGCGCCUAAGCCGACAUCGAACAAUGCUCUCUACUACGUGGUAAUCUAUCUUGCGCCCGGUGAUUAUCAUCGCUUCCACUCUCCCGUGUCAUGGGUUGUUGAGAGUCGUCGACACUUUGCAGGCGAACUAUACUCUGUUUCACCUUACCUACAACGUCACUUGCCCGGUCUUUUUACUCUCAACGAGCGAGUUGCCCUACUGGGUCGCUGGCGAUGGGGCUUUUUCAGCUAUAUCCCAGUAGGCGCCACGAAUGUGGGGUCCAUCAAAAUCAAUUUCGACUCAGAGUUACGCACAAACAGUCUCACAACAGACACGGCUGCAGACAGGGCUGCAGCACUUGCCGCGCAGAGGGGCGAGCAAUAUCCCGGAUUUGUUGAGGCAACUUACCUCCAUGCAAGCAGGACGCUGGGUGGGCAUCCCCUGCGGAAAGGAGAAGAAAUGGGUGGCUUUCAAUUGGGUAGCUCCAUCGUGCUUGUCUUCGAGGCUCCGAUGGGAACCAGGAAAUCAUUUGAUAUUGGUUGGGACGAAGGGAAACGUGAAGGAGGAUGGAACUGGACAAUUGAAAAAGGCCAGCGUAUCAAGAUGGGCCAGAAGUUGGGUUACGUGGACAUUCAGGAAUAG